AUGUUUGCCGCACUGCGAAGAGGUCCCGCGACGCUAUCGAGAAAUAUUUCGACGGCGGCUGUAUCCUCGCGAGUCCUUCGCACCCCCCUCACACAUUCCUCGACUGUGUUGAGGAUACCGCUGCAGACCUCGCGCCUGGCCCAGGCCUCGUUUGCAGGUUUCCACCACAGCACAAAGUGGCAACAAAUUGCAGCAGCAGAGGCACAGGCUGCGGAGAGUAAUCCGCAGAAUGGCCUCAUUACUACCUUCAAGGAGCUGGGCACACGGGGGCUCGUCCACCCCAACCUCAUCGACACCAUUACGAAGAAGAUGCGUCUGGAGAACAUGACCGAUGUGCAGACGCGGACGAUCAACGAGGCAUUGAGUGGCGUUGAUGUGUAA